UCAAGCCGGGUCAGCAACGAAGCAGGAACACAGGAUACCAGGUACAGAGGCUCAUGGGAAAACAUACACCAAGGCCCAGAGCACAGGCCUGGUCAUGGCUUAAAUACACCUUUCUGCAAUCAGCCCCAGGUUUGGCUGAUUGUGAGCUUCUGGCUACUAAGAGCACCCGCUGGUCAGCUCUGGUACUGCAGCCCACACGGCAGGUGAGUCCCACCACCAGUGCUGAGUCCAUUGCUGAGAGCACCCGCUGGUCAGCUCUGGUACUGCAGCCCACAUGGCAGGUGAGUCCCACCACCAGUGCUGAGUCCAUUGCUGAGAGCACCCGCUGGUCAGCUCUGGUACUGCAGCCCACACGGCAGGUGAGUCCCACCACCAGUGCUGAGUCCAUUCCUGACACAAGGAUGCAGGGAAGACCAGAAGGCACUGAAUGACAGCUCAG